AUGGAGGGUAUGCCACGUGUACCGAUGCUCACGCCAGAUUUAAAAUUUUACUUGACAUCGUUGCCUACCAGUUUUUCGUCACAAAUUAAAGAAUAUAUUCUAUUGCACUAUCAGGAUGAUCCAAUGAAAUAUGACAGUGCUAUUUGUGAAAUCGAAAAUAUGCGUUCGAAAUUGAGUCGACUUUCGCCCGAUUCAGAAACCUUGAGCACAUUGAAGCGAUAUUACGCACAGUUAUGCUUGAUGAAGAAUAGAUUUCCAAUGGAAAAAGGGGAUACUAUCAAAAUAGCCUUCUCCUGGAUGGAUAAGAGUAGUGAGACGUCAAACGCAGCUGUCUUCGAAGACAUCAAUUAUGAACUUGUUUGUGUGAUGUAUAAUAUUGGCGCCGUACAUGGAGCGAUUGCUGCUAAUGAACCGCGCACUGAUCUGGACUCAAUUAAAAAUGCUUUCACGCAUUUCCAAUGUGCCGCAUAUCCUUUUGAACAAAUAAGAGACUCGAUGAAUGCUAUUAAGUAUUCUGCAGUCGAUUUUGACCCUUCUGUUCUGACGUUUUAUGUGACUAUGUUACUGGCGCAGGCGCAAGAAUGUUUAUUGGAAAAGAGUAUCAUUGAUCAUCGGAAGAAUACGGUGAUAGCAAAGCUAGCAAUACAUCUGAGAGAUGUAUAUAUACAAUGUCGUGAACAUUUCGAUUUCACUGGCUUGAGCGAUGUACUCUCUUCGAAGUGUAAAGAAUGGUUGAGAACAUGCACUGUAAAAUCGGAAAUGUACGGGGCUAUUGCAAUGCUCCAUCUUGGAUUACAGGCAGAAGAUGAUAACAGGAUGGGCUUUAGAGUUUCAUAUUUCGACUUUGCAUUGGAACAUGUGACUGCGGCUAUGAAACAAGUGGAAAAAGAUAAGCGAGAAAGUUUGAAGGAAGCUGUCGUUUUCUUGAAUGAUAUCAUCCUUGGAAAACAACGAAAUGCGAAGAAAGAAAACGAUUUUAUUUAUCAUGACCGAAUGCCGAAACCAGAAGAAUUAGCGGUUGUGGAGGGUGUCAAUAUGGUAAAGACAGUUGGGUUCGAUCCAACAGACAAAUCGAUCUCUGGCCCCGAUCUUUUCGCUACAUUGCUACCGGGAAAUGUACUCAAGUCACUUUCUGUUUAUAGUGAAGAAAAAGCAAAGUUCAAACGUGCACUGCUAGAAGAAGUUGAAGAAAAGAAUAAGGAAUUAGAAGAUUAUAUUAGAUCUUUGCAACUGGAAGAAAUUGAUUUUGAUGAGUCAAAAAUAGAAGAACUUCCAGAAAUGUUGUUAGAAAGAAGUGCUGCGUUUAACUCACAACCAGAUGCUUUUCCCGAACUACUGGACAAAUUACAUCGAGUCGGAGAUUGUGCAAUAGAAGCGGAUCACAAAAUUAGCAAUUUACGUAAUAGGCUGGAUGCUAUUAACUCCCUUCAGCUGAGAGCUGACGAAGGAUUCAUUGCUAUCAUGAAAGAACUUAACCGUAUCAAUGACCACCAUACGAAAGCACGGACAAACAAUACAGAGCUGCAACGUGCAUUAGCUGCACAUUCAGAAAGUCUAAAAAUUCUGGCGAUGCCUUUGAACGAAUUACGCAAACGACUAACUGAAACUCAUACGAGACCAGCAGAUAGCAAGGAAGGACUGCUACUGAAGAAAAUGUUGGAUAAGGCAAAUGAAAUGAGCACGCAACGAUGUUCUCUACUUUCGAAAUUAAAUGAAAAUUUGCUAAAUGAUGACAUUACGGCAAAAUGUCUAGCAGAGAAGAAUGAAGAUAACUCGGGAUUGUAUGAAAACGAACUAAAAAAGCAUGAAGAGAUUGCUACUCUCAUUCAUAUGAAUCUUGCUGCACAACAUAAUAUACUCAGUGCACUAACUGAUGCGAAUGCGAGUUUUGGUGAUUAUCGUAAAAAGAUUAUUGAUCAAAAUAAGAGUCAUAUGGACCAGGUACUUGCCCUGACUGCGGCUUAUGAUGUAUACAUUGAUGUUUCACAGAAGACAGAUGAAGGCUUAAAAUUCUAUUCAACGUUAUUUUCAAUGGUGAAAAAUUUGGGAGAGGCUGUUGAAGCAAUCGAAACUGCUUUUGAAGAAGAAAAGAAAGAAAAGGAAAAAGAAAUGCUGCGAGGAUUGGAAGAGCAUGCAAGUUCUAAUGCGAAAUGGAUCGUUUCUACAGAAAAUGUUAAGAAGGACGAAGAGUCAAUUUUAGUAAGGCCCGAUGUGAGGAAUGAAAGUACGCCAGGAAUAGGUUAUAAUGGACUAAGAUUGAAAGAUUGUUUGGAAUACUACCGAACUAACAUUGCUGGAGGAACAAUGAGUAGCCAACCAACAUGUCUCCCCUAUAGCACACAACAGUCUCAUCCGACUGACAUGCCAUCUGUACCGCACAAAGAUAUACCGCCCCACCAACCCGUAUCCACUUCUAAUAGUGUUCAGUUUUCUGAAUAUCAAAAUUCAGCACCAUUGCAGUGUCAUUUCGCAACUAUAUCUAAUCAGCCUGUACUAAAUACAUCAUUGAGUAGUAGCACAAAAGAGAUCCAGCAACCAUAUAUGUUUUCUAGUAAUGUAGUACUACUGCCGCAUUCAUUGCAGAUAUCAAGACCCUUAGGUCCUCAAUCACAAAUCAUGGUACCUUUAGCACGUCAACAAUCCGUAAUCCCACCGCAUCAUUUUUUAGCAGACCAGCGUUAUUCAACCUUUCCAAAUCAAGAUAUAAGUGCGACUGUUAAUACCCAGCGGGUUAACACUUUCCUCUCAUCACCUACCACCCUCACUCACAGUAUUCCUCAAUCAAUUUCGGCUGCAGUUACAGCAGAUUCGGUUAGAGGACCGACAGUGGCAACACCGCAAAAUGUUGCUACUUCAGCCACUCAGCCGAUAUCAACUCAUUCGAAUAGUGCACUUAAUGUUUCUUGUGCAUCGAAACCAAUGUCAUUGGAUCAACCAGCUUUAACAGGACGAUCAGUAGCAAGAUUGACUACCACUGAAGUCGAGAAGCCAGUUGAUGGAAAUAUCUUACAUCCCCAGUUCUAUGCUUCUCCCUUUGCACUAAAUAAGAUGUACUCCGAUUUUACUCGAAGUACGGCACCAACUAAUACCAUAUCGACGUUAGGCAAGCCAACCGUGGUCCCUGCUCAUCAUCUUAUUUGUUCCCGUGAUAGCACAUUUCAAGCAGCAAUGUCACCUUGGCAUCAACCUCUCAGGGACAUUAAUAACGUGAGUGGAUUAUCGGUUGUUGGCAAUACAAAAACAGCAUGCACUUCAGCACCAACUACAGGUUUUCAGCCAUUUGUUCCAGAUAAGCAAGCUACGUCAGCAAGAAGCACUCCAGUUGUGGAUAUUAUGAAUGCUCCUUUAGAUGUAGUGUUACCAACACCUUUAACUCCCACGCAUGUAACCAAUGAAGUUGAGAGCAACAAUUCAAAUAUACACACAGUUCAUUCGGUGCCAUCUAUUGAAUCAGCAAAAAAGGAACAAAUGAACUUGGUGCAGACGCCACAGUUGUUAGAAAAGGCAGGAUCAUCAUCGAUUAGCUCCACUUUUGUGCAGGGACCACGACCUGCAGCUGCAGUAGCACCUAUCAUGCAGACUGACUGCAGUACGACAUCAGCAUACGAUUCCACACUUUGCAUGACAAAUGUUACUUCAAUGAGUUACUCUGCUCCAAUGCCUCAACCAAAGACAACGUUUCUGUGCAUUUCGACAUGUACAAAAAAGGAAAAUAGUGCUGGUAAUGAAGAAGAGUAUAAUAGCAGUGUGAAUGAGGUAAUGGACCCCCAGACAUUCACUAUUGGAAGUACUGACCCUGUCCGCCUGGAAAAACGUUAUAUGCGAGAACAGUUCAAGACAGAAGGCGUUGGUGCGCAGCUGCCACCUCUGGAUCCUACAGAUCCCAUCAACUGUAUAGACGCCCAUUAUUGGCUUAAUAAAUCGUAA